CGGUCAAUAUGUCAGCACUUUGGCUGAGAUUGGUGGCGUAACUGUGGCGAAAAUGACUGACAGACCGAAGGUCAGCGUCGCUCCCAGCAAGGCGGCCACCGUGACGGAGACGGCGUCCCAUCGGCGCGCGCCCGUCGACCCACCCACCUCCAGCAGCAUCUUCAUCCUGGACACAGGCGGUGGAGGAGACACUCUGGCCGUCACCGAGGCGCUGCAGCACGCCCUGCGCGUGCCCAUCCUGGUCGAGUCCAAGGCGCUGCCGCUCGACUCCAACCGUAACCCGGUGCUGUCGGACGAGUCCACUGCGGGGGGAGGUCGCCUCAGCCUGACCACGGUGCUGGCGAGGAUCGGGCCUGACGAGUCUGCGCGAGCCGCUCUCGACCUGAUGACGGUCACCUACCAGCAGGCGCAGCAGCUGGUGGAGCAGUCGGACGAAUCAGAGGACCUGGAUGAGCUUACCAAGAUCGACUGCCAACGACAACAGCAGCAGCAGCAGCAACAACAACAACAACAGCCACAUCAGCAGCAGCAGCAGCAGACUCCCAACAAGCCACUGAGUCCUCCGCGUUCCUCGGGUCCCCAACACUGUCAG